GUGUUACACAUGUAAUCCUAGAUGAUUUUUGGUGUUAUUUUAAGUCAAAAUCUGAAUUUUUGAUAAAAGUGAAACUUAAUAAAAAAUAAGCUCUAGAUUUUAACUAAACAUAUCUGAUUCUUACUGAAUUAGGACUCAAAUUCGCAAAUUUCUGUGAUCCCAUUUUAGUUAAAAAAAAGUUGUUGAUUGCCUGUUUGAAUACCAAAUGCAUUUUCUCAAUGUUUCAAAAAUUAAACAAAAACAAAAACCUUUUUUGUGAUUCUACUAUCUAAAGAUUCAAUUAUCUAAUGUGAAAUUUUUCCGAGACCUUCGGAUUAUCAAGUUUAGACUUUGUUCUAGCUGAGCUGUAUCUGAGAAGGGAUUUUUGAUCGAUGUGGCGUUAGCGAGAUCCGUUUUGCUGGUUUUGCUAAAAGUUUCACGGAUCGUAUUUAUAAGAUCGUACUAAACAUUUGAUAGCCGAUUCUGCAUGCACCGAUUGCCCUAAGGGUUUCAUGUUUUUUAUAUUGUAUGAAAAUUGAUUAAAAAAUGGGGUAUUCAAUUUUUAAUCAAAGUAUGCGUUGAGGAUCAAAACAUAGCCCUUGUAAAAAUUUCAGCAAAAUCGGAGCAGAUUUGGCGAAAGUAUAAAAAAUAUAAUGAAAAUUGAUAAUGUUUUAAUUUCCCGUCGAAAAUCACAGGAAACCGUCAUUUUGUCAUACAGCUUCGCCAAAUCUGCACCAAUUGUCAAAACAAGUGUCCACGUGGUUUAUGGAUGGUCCCUUAGUUGAAAAUAACAACUUUUGAACUAUUGUGGUCAAGACUAUUGUGUACAGCAAAUCCUGUUUUUGAUUUCAAAAAUGCAUUUUGUUAUACAGUAUGUAAAAAAAGUAUUUACACCCCUUGGGCACUAUGCACAUUUUGUGAUAAAACAUGUUAACUGUUCCAUCCCCACCAUCUAGCGCCCAUCGCAGUAGGCUGCGCCUGUGGGUGGUGGAGAAAAUUAAGUUCGGUUUCAACAACCACGCAAACCAGUACGAAAUAUAUUCGCUCUUACGUUUUGUACUACACGUGUUUCAUUCGUUUCCGGACACAUCAAUUUGGCGACGAGGAAAAACCGGAAGCAUGGCGGAACUACAACAGGCGAUCCUCAAGAUUACGGAAUUGCUGCAGAAGAUGGCGGCAGCACCAGAUAACUCCGAGCAGAUCCUGGAGUCGCUGGCCACCAACAUCAGCGAGUUUUCUUUCGACGAAGAGAACGGUGUCACUUUCGACAAGUGGUUCCGGCGUUACGAGGACAUGUUCAAGGAGGACGCGUCCAAGCUAAAGGAGGAGGCGAAAGUGCGACUUUUGCUCCGGAAGUUGGACACCACCGCACACAGCCGCUAUUGUAACUACAUCCUGCCCAAGCUUCCAAGUGCCGUCAAGUUCGACGACACCGUGGCCACGCUACGGAAAAUUUUCGGCUCCCACACCUCCAUCUUCCACAAACGCUACCAGUGUCUCCAGCUGGCCAAGUCGGAGGCGGAGGAUAUCAUCACCUACGGAGGUAAGGUGAACCGGGCGUGUGAGGACUUUGAGUUCCAAAAGGUGAAGAUUGACCAAUUCAAAUGCCUCAUCUUCAUCUGCGGUCUUAAGUCACCUCGAUACGCCGAUGUUCGGGCAAGACUCCUUUCCCGGAUCGAAGCGGAGACCGCCGAAAACCCUGUGACGCUCCAAACCCUGAUCGACGAGUUUCAGCGCCUCGUCAAUCUCAAGGCGGACACGACGCUGGUCGAGCGGCCAUCAAGCUCGAAACCAGCAGUCCACGCGGUCCAGGAGAAGCGAAGCGGUCCCCAGCAGCAGCGUCCGGCGAAAACCGAAGGCAAGUUACCCCGAACCCCCUGCUGGCAAUGCGGCCAAAUGCACUUUGUCCGGGACUGUCCGUUUUCGGGGCAUUUGUGCAAGGCAUGCAACCGAGUUGGCCACAAGGAAGGCUAUUGCAGCUGCGUUUCCAAGCCUUCCAGCAGCUCUUCCAAGCCGGAUCAUUCCGUGGAGGAGAAGGAAAAGCAGGCGAAGAAGCAGCAGAAAGCCAAGUCGCGAGGAAUUUUCGUCAACCACGUGGCUGCCAAUCGCAGCAGGCGUAAGUACUUGCCGAUCACCAUCAACGGCGUUGCUACGCAACUGCAGCUCGACACAGCCAGCGACAUAACGGUGGUUGCCAAGGCAACGUGGCGCAAGCUAGGACAGCCAUGUUUGCAGCCAUCCUCCAUUCAAGCAAUCAACGCGUCCGGCCAGCCGCUCGGGCUUGUCGGCGAGUUCGUGUGUGACGUCACUCUCAACGGCAGAACGGAGCGCAGCAGAUGCUUCGUGACGUCAUCGCCUGGACUCAACCUUCUGGGAAUCGAAUGGAUCGAGCUCUUUGAGUUGUGGUCCGUGCCGAUCGAUUCCAUUUGCAACGUCGUCGAGGUCAAGUCGGUGGAGGAGCAGCUCCAAGAGCUUCGAGCCAACCACGCGGCCGUUUUCGACGAUUCCCUGGGACACUGCACCAAGACGAAGGUAAAGCUUUAUCUCAAACCUAACGCCAAGCCCGUCUUUUGUCCCAAAAGACCAGUUCCGUUCAACACCAUUUCCCUGGUCGACGACGAGCUCAAUCGCCUCCAAUCUCUGGGAAUCAUCACACCUGUUGAAUUCUCGGAGUGGGCAGCUCCGAUCGUCGCUGUGCGCAAGCCGAACGGACGAGUUCGCAUCUGUGCGGAUUUCUCAACUGGUCUGAACGAAGCAUUGGAAGCCAACCACUACCCGCUGCCAACACCGGAGGAAAUUUUUGCGCAGCUGUCUGGCAGUUCCAUCUUCAGCAUCAUCGACCUCUCCGAUGCGUACCUUCAGCUCGAAGUUGAUGACGACUCCAAGAAGCUCCUCACCAUCAAUACGCAUCGAGGUCUUUUCCAGUACAAUCGCCUCACUCCGGGGGUGAAGUCAGCGCCGGGAGCUUACCAAAGCCUCCUGGACGGAAUGAUUGCGGGCAUACCUGGCGUCCGCACCUUCAUGGACGACGUCAUCGUGUUCGGACCAGACCGGAAAUCGCACGCAUCUUCACUCAAGCAGUUGCUCCAACGUCUCAAGGAGUACGGGUUCCACGUCAAGGCCGAGAAAUGCAGUUUCUUCCAGCUGCAAAUUCGGUAUCUGGGACACAUCGUGGACAGUCGAGGCAUCCGCCCCGAUCCCGAGAAGCUGAGGACGAUUGCCGCCAUUCCCGCACCAACCAACGUGUCCGAACUGCGAUCGUUCCUGGGCGCGGUGAACUUCUACGGAAGAUUCGUGCGCAACCUUCACGAGCUACGCCGCCCAAUGGACCAGCUGCUCAAGAAGGACACCAAGUGGCGUUGGACAUCCGAGUGCCAGCAGGCGUUCGAGAAGUUCAAGGAGGUGCUCCAGUCAAGCCUGCUACUAACUCACUACGAUCCGAAGCUGCCGAUCAUCGUAGCCGCGGACGCGUCGAGCACCGGCAUCGGGGCCGUCAUACUCCACCAGUUCCCUGAUGGCUCACUCAAGGCAGUUCAACACGCGUCAAGGUCGCUCACACCCGCUGAGCGCAACUACGGACAACCUGAAAAGGAAGCGCUCGCGUUAGUAUAUGCGGUAACGAAGUUCCACAAGUACCUGCUGGGACGACCCUUCACACUGCAAACUGACCACAAGCCGCUCCUGUCCAUCUUCGGCUCGAAGAAGGGAAUUCCACUGCACACCGCGAAUCGCCUCCAACGCUGGGCACUCACGAUGCUGAACUACGAUUUCGAGAUCCAGCAUGUGUCCACGAGCGACUUCGGUUGUGCCGACAUGUUGUCUCGGCUCAUCGACCGUACCAUCCAACCGGAAGAGGAGUACGUCGUGGCAGCACUCACGCUCGAAGAGGACCUGGUAAGCAUAAUCGCAGACACAAUCGACAAAGUGCCGGUCUCUUUCGCAGCUCUCCAAAAAGCCACUGCGACGAACGCCACACUCCAGGCCGUGGUCAAGUACAUCCGCGACGGAUGGCCAAGCAGCGCGGGAACGGCCACCAACUCCGAGGUUCUUCCCUACUUCCGCCGACGGGAAUCGCUCAGUCUUGUCGACGGCUGCGUGAUGUUCCACGACCGAGUGGUGGUUCCGAACCAGUUCCGGUCCCAGAUUUUGCGACAGUUCCACCGUGGACAUCCUGGAAUGGUCCGCAUGAAGGCGAUUGCGCGCAGUUUCGUCUACUGGCCCGGACUAGACAACGAAAUAGAGGAUUUCGUUAAGCGAUGCAACCCUUGCUCCAUCGCUGGAAAAGCACCCACCAAAACGUGCUUAGAAUCGUGGCCAACUCCAAGCAAGCCGUGGUCCCGGAUCCACAUCGACUACGCCGGUCCCGUGGAUGGCGUGUACUUCCUGGUGGUGGUCGACCCAUUCACCAAAUGGCCCGAAGUGUACGCAACUCGAACGAUGACAGCGAAGACGACCAUCAAGCUGCUGACCCAGUCAUUCGCUACGUUCGGUAUUCCGGAGGUUAUUGUUUCCGACAACGGAACCCAGUUUACUGGCCACGAGUUCAAGGAGUUCUGCACCAAGCUGGGAAUUCGCCACCUUCGAACCGCUCCGUUCCACCCACAAUCAAACGGAUCGGCGGAACGAUUUGUGGACACGUUGAAGAGGAGCCUUCGCAAAAUUCGCGCGGGGGGAGAAACCCUGGAGGAAGCACUGCAGACGCUUUUGCAAGUGUACCGCUCGACCCCAACCAGCGAUCUCGAUGGCAAGUCUCCGGCGGAAGUGAUGUUCGGCCGGCCAGUUCGGACCAUUUCUGCUCUCCUUCAACCGACCAAGGACAAUUCGCCAAGCACCAGCGCUAGGGCGGAGAAGCAGAACGACACUUUUAACAAAAAGCACGGCGCGAUCCAACGGAUUUUCAAGCAUGGCGAUGCCGUCUUCGCGCAGGUCCAUCGUGCCAACUCCUGGCAGUGGGAGGCUGGUACCGUGAUCGAGAAGAUCGGCAGAGUCAACUACAACAUAUUCCUCGACGACCGCCGACGCUUGAUCCGUUCGCACGCAAACCAGUUGAAGACACGAGUUCCCGAGACCACAGCCUCGCCAGAGCCGACGCCGCUCUCGAUCUUUUUCGACGGUUUUGGAUUGGCCGAUGCGGUAGCAGCACCAGUGCCUGCAACUCCAGUGCCAGUUCCUGUUCCAGUUGACGACAGCGAUCCGGAAUUCUCGGACGACGACUCUGAAGAAUCUGACGAUCAGGAGCAAUCCGGUUCAUCCGAAGCAGAGUUCGAGGACGCAGCUGUAGAACCACCGGCACCUGCCGCUCUUCCGGCGGAACGAGCUUCUGGAGGACAAGGACAUCCGGUACCUGAAGCACCUCAAGGCGCGCCAGCUGGUGGAGGACGAGGACAACGCGCAAUCAAGCUUCCAGGAAGAUUUUCCAACUUCUGGAUGAAAUAAGGGGGGAGAUGUUCCAUCCCCACCAUCUAGCGCCCAUCGCAGUAGGCUGCGCCUGUGGGUGGUGGAGAAAAUUAAGUUCGGUUUCAACAACCACGCAAACCAGUACGAAAUAUAUUCGCUCUUACGUUUUGUACUACACGUGUUUCAUUCGUUUCCGGACACAUCAUUAACAAUUUAAAGUUUGACAGAAACCUAGUACUACGUUUUGUUCAGAAACACAUGCCGAACAUUUUGCUACAAAAAUCUCAUGAAAAGAUGAUUUCUAUAAAAAGUUCUAUAACAAAUACUAUUACAAAAAUAAAAAAAAGUGCAAAAAAUUUUUGUACACCUUUCGAAAAAUGAACAUCAAUAAAGUUAUUUGUUUACAAAUCACCAUAAAUCCAGUCUCCUAACUCCAAAUAGGCAUUCUGAGUGAUUAAAAAAAUAUUGUUGAUUGAAUAUAAAGUUUACUAACUACUUAGUAUAAAAGUUUAUAUAACUCUGGAAAUUCUAUAUAAAACUUAUCUAAACUUAAUUUUGCAAACUUUUAAUUCAACUGAAUGUCAAUAUAUUACCAUAGAAUUGCUAAAUAAACAUUUUGGAGUGGGUAUAACACCGUUUUGGGGGUCUUUGUAUCGAUAGAAUAGAUUUUUCGUUGGAAUUUCGUACCAACCCGGAAUUACGUCGUCGGAAAAUCCGCCGGCAUACGAACCGGUCCACGUUUCACAAUCAACCUAAGUGGCAUCGGUAAGGGCAUAAAAUUUCGAAUCUUUUGAUACCCAAACCUCUAUGUUUUCUUUAAAACCCACGUUUUUGAAUAUGGUUUAUGGUGAUUUGUCAACAAAUAAAUUUAUUUAUGUUAAUUUUUCGAAAGGUGUACAAACUUUUUGUGCACCUUUUUUGAUUUUUGUAAUGGUAUUUGUUAUAGAACUUUUUACAGAAAUCUUCUUUUCAUGAGCUUUUUGCAGCAAAAUUUUUGGCAUGAGUUUCUGAACGAAAUGAAGUACUAGGUUUCUGUCGAGGUUUCUGUCAACAUUAAAUUGUUUAGGUUUAGAUGUUUCAUCACAAUCUGUGCAUAGUGCCGUGCCCAAGGGGUGUAAAUACUUUUUUUACAUACUGUAAAUAUAAUACGCAAUCUAUAUCUAUAAAAAAUUACGAUGGUUUUGUUCGAACGCGCAUAAGUUGAUAACGGAAAGUCGGAACGGAGCGCUCUUUGCUGCGUUGGGUUUGUAUAAGCCCAAGGAAGGUUCUUACGCUGAAGAGUGACAACUUUGGCCACUCCGGAACCGAUUCCGGAAGAUCUGCAGAUUGUAUGGGAAAUGUUGCGUAAAAUCAAAUUUUGAUCACAGGAGGCUAAAAACGUCAAGAAGUGGAAAAAUGACAAGACGAAGUUUGUCGGGGUUAGCUUGUAAAGUAUAAAUGCCGAAUUUACCGACCACGCAAGGUUUUUCGAAAAAAAUGCAAAAAUCGUAAGAACUUUGAGACUUUGCCAAAAAUGAAGGGGUGGUCAAGUUUGGCUGAAAUUCAGGAUUCUUGUGAAAUUACUCAUAGGCAAUCAACUAUUCAAAUUUGACUAAAAUUGGGUCGCAGAGCUCGAAUUUGAUGUAAAAAGUAUGUAAUUUUUGUUUCAUGAAACUAUAACCGUAAACUGGGGUCAAUUGGGACACAUGGGGCGAAUUGGGACAGCAGUUUUAACCAUGUUGGAGCACAAUAUUUUGAUUUUCCUGGUUGGUUUCGGUUAAAACAGACUCAGACCAACAAAAUGUGUACAUCCAUUUCCAAAUAUGAAAGCUUUAAGUGCUCUAAAAACUGCUGUCCCUAUUCAGACUGAAGUCCCGAUUCGCCCCAGAUUACGGUAUCCAAAGUCCAAACAAACCUCCGAAAAUGGAACUUUGAGUAACCGAAGUUCGGCUAAUCAAGUCUGAACUUUUUUAAACUUUUUAGACUGGUACAAAUAUAAAAAAAAAAGUUUUGAUGAUGAUUGCAAAACAACAGAACAGAAUUCAUUUUUAAACAUUUUGUUCAGUCAAUUAUUGAAAAUAUGACUUUUCAUAUAUUUUUAUUUUUUUGAAAAAAUAAAGAAAAAUCAAUGGAAAUAUAAGUCUAAUCAACUGAAAACAAUCUAAAAUGCCUUUUCUGCAUUGAUAAUCAUAUUUAGCAUGUUUGGGCUCGUUUUAAAAUAUUUUGAACUUUUAUGAAAUAACAAUGUACAGCACCGUAAAAACUAUUUUUUCUCGCAAACAAAAAUUUUCUUCAAUAUUUAGAAAUUGUGGAAACUUAUGAUUGCAAAACAACAGGACAGGUGUAUAAUGCAUUUUAAAACAUUUGAUUCAAAUGUUGAAACCGUGCCUUAUUUAAUUUUUUUUAUACCUUUUUUUUGCCCCCUAUCGACUUUAAUCAGAGUCGAGGGAUAUAAACUUCAAAAAAUAUUUGCAUCGGACACAAUAGAGCUUUAUGACGUUUCGCGUACGCACACUAGUGCACCAUUUGGUUUUGCUGGCUGACAAAAUUUAACCUCACUUUUUUUUCGUGUACGUACACGCAAUACAUACGCACGUAGAAUGCUCUAUAGGCAAUCAUCUAUUAAUUUAAACCGAACCUUGGAUAAUCGACUCUGGACUGUAUCUUGACAAAUUUGGUAAUAUUCUGCAAACUUUACUUCCGUACUUUUAUUUAAAUCACUAUUUUCUGGACGAUUAAUACAGAAAUUUUAUAUAAUUGCAUGGCGUUUGCGUUUGUUCUAACUAUUAACUGCAAAAUAUUUACUGUUGAAUUAAACUUGCAAAACUCACAACGAAAACGAGAUCCAAAGCUUUUUUUUUUGAGUGCCAUAUAUGCUUUGUUUCUCACGAUCUCCAUCUUUCGAUAUUUUCCAUCUAAUUUCAGCGUUCUAGUAAUCGCUAGUAGUAGCACGUGUGCAACGGACACCUUCAAAGACUGUUGA